AUUACUAAAAUGUUUACAAAAUCUACGUGCCUACAUUAUGCAAACUUAUUUUUCUAUUUUUUGGGUAUGAAGUUUGGAAAAAAAGUCGGCGCGGGUUACUGUUUUGCGAUUUUUCUCAACAUUGUUUUGAAAACUGUAAUUGCAGGCAGUCAUGAUUUUACUCUAACCUAAUAUAACCAUCAAUGUUUAAAUUUCGCGUCACAAUUUGCUAUUUACAUUUUGGAUUAAACGCAUGGCGUGGUCCAAGCUGUUAUUUCUCUGUACCUUUAUAGUAAUUGUUUGUUAACCUAUAUUAUACAAUAUACAUGCAUCUCUGGACUCUGGCUAUGGAUAGGUUCUCUUUAUUAUAAUAAUUGCAACCUACAUAUUUGGGUUUCACACUGCAAAAUUUAGCAUAGGUAUAUAUUAAUGGUUUACACUUCUCUAUUAGGUAUAUUUAUUCAUUUUCUCGAAUGAGCCUAAUGACAUUUCAAAUCAAUUUUGAUACUAUUACAUGAUUGAAAUAAACGUAAUAGCGAAUAAAAUUGAGCCACCGUCCAAAAUGAUUGCUGUUCCAAAGUCGAAUUUAUUUAUUUAUUUAUUUUGCCUUUAUUUUUGAGUCGGCGGAGUUUCAGCCAAGGCUGCUCUACCAACCCAACCCACUAUACAUUUGCAAAUAUCUAUGCACGAAACCGAAUUCGAACUAGGGACACAUCGCACCGCAAUCUAUCAGCUUCAUCUGAAAUGCGCCACACGGACUGGAAAAGAAGGACACGGACACCUACUAACCCGUAUCAACUGGAAAGUUUCAAACCGUCAAAUUUGAUAUAUUCUAAAACUCUCCUUUACUAUAUGAUCAUGUACCAACGCGCACUGUAAUUCUGAAAUAAUGAAAGGUCAUUUGAUUAUACCUACUUAAUUAUCCACUUUUAAAAACUACAAUACGCGAGGCUUCAGAUUCCAAUCGACCCUAGACUAGUCCCGACUAAAGUAUCUCAAAAGAAAGCUUCGCCCUCUCCUCCCUCCCAUCCAACAUCAUGGAUCUGCACUGAUUGGAAAUUGUCAUCAACACCUAAUAGCCUGCCCUAUUGCUUUGAUUACUUUGUAUUUACUUUACUUUACAUUACUUCGAGCCUAGCGUUGAAACUUAGGUCCAGUAUCGCCUCAUCGAGAAAGUUGAGACAAGAACUAAGUAUUUCUGUUUUCUGCUUCUGAAUCCACCUGGUAAAGCUGAAAGUUGGCGUAUCAUCUCUAUUUAAAAAAGAAUGUCUAUAGUGCUUCCUUUCGGUUACUUCGCGACCAUGAUUUUAAUAACGCUCUUAGGAUUACGUUUUACGAAAGAACGCGCGAAUUUAAAUCAAAGUAUGGUUAAGUUUAGGUACGUAGUACUACACAUUUGCAUUCGAAUUACGUAUUUUUUGUUUGGAUUAUGAAAAUAAUAUUAUAAGUACAAGUAGGGGUAUUUGCACCAUUAUGCUCCUCUUCAGUUAUAAAUAUUGACUAGCCUAACAUUUAGAGCAAAAAUAUCCUUGCAUUUAGGUAGGUUAGGAAUUCGCAGGGGAAUUCGUGAUCAGUAAACAAAUCUUAAAACUUUUAUGUUCAGUUUGUUUGUUCAGUUUGUUCACGAUUUUAACAAUCAUGAUUAUAUAAGAUCACACUUCGUAGGAACGCGAUUUGACAAUCCAAAGGCGUUUGGAUCACCGAAAGAAAGCGCCUUAUAUCACAAAUUGAGGAAACCCCAAAAUAACAAUUUUCCGGGUUAUUUACAAAAGACGUAAUUUGAUAGCACAAAUGUAUUUUACCCCAUUAAUUAAGAAAAGCUUGACAAAUACAUACUUUGAUGACAUAUCUUUCCCCAUCGUCCUGUCACUGCCUUAGAUGCCCGUAUGAAUAAAAGUAAACAAAUGCUUAUACUUGCAACAUUCAAAGUAAAUACUCGUAACUGCCCCUUCAUACUGGUCUGUUCAGCAUGGUUUAGCAGCGCUGCACUGCGUCCUGUCCUUCUGCUUAGAAGCGCUGCCCGCCCCAGUGCGAAGGGGCACUUACGAGUAUUUACUUUGAAUUUUGCAAGUAUAAGCAUUUGCUUACUUUUAUUCAUACGGGCCAUGGUCUAAGGUCACCGCCCAUCCAAACAAAUUAUCAUAGUUCCCUGGUCAGAUGUUUACAUUUUUGAUUUUUGUUUUGACAUUUCCAUUUUUCCCUUUUCAAGUAUACAUUUAAUAUUACAGUUCAAUGCAAUAAUGAGCAAAUCAAUCACAAAUUUGAAAGUAUUUGUUUCAGACGAAGUACUUAACCUCCGAUUAGUAGACAUCGAUCAGCUCCCGAAGCUCAAAGAUAUCGACGAUAUUCCGCUCGGAUUAAACCGGAAGAGUGACAUCAAAUACAAUGAUGUGUGUUUGUUGGAUUGCUUGAAGUCUAAGCGGCACAACCAGAAAGCACGAUCGAGAGCUGUUGAUGCGAGGAUUCGUAGAUCUCAUUCCCUACACCGCCGAGUGUGUACUACUCAAUCGAGCGAGACACUUGGUAAACCAGUGGACAUGACAAUUAAGAAAUCCUCUUCAAGUACUCCAACUGUCAACAAAGAAUCUUGCGAAAACGAGAACCAAUUAGAAACUCCGACAGGAAGGUCGUUUAUUGAAGGAGAAGACAUCAGUACUAAACCAAAUUAUGGAGAAGUUUUAAAUGCAUUUGAGAGCGUCGAAAGAGAAGUUGAUUACGAUGAUUUAAAUUCGUUCAUUAGUGAAGACGAAACUAUAAAGGGCGACGAAAAAUUUAAACCAUAUUGGGAAGACCCGCGAUACACACCAAAUUCCAAUAAUAUUACAGUCGAUACAUUACCUUUGUUGCCAAACCUUUCAAAAUAUUCCGGUCAACUGCUAUGCAAAAUUGCACCUCCAAAAAAUCUCUCAUAUAAGUACGAUCAGGAAUCGGAUGUAUGUAGCUGUUCUGUAAUUAAUAAUGGUUAUAAUCGACGAUACCUAGAGCAAGAUUUUCCAUUAUUUUACCAUUUGUUAUGCUCACUAAUCAGUAUAAUUAUUGCAUCUUGCAUUUUUUUCUUUAUACACACGUUUCGAUGGGACGUGCAAGAUUUUCAAAAAGAAAACAAAAGACAUGGAGGUGUUUUGGGCUACUUGUAUCAAAUUCCGGAUUAUCUACUGAAAGAACUUGGCAUUGGCAAGGUUCCAAAUUAAGGAUCGAUACCACAAAUUUAUAACGAAAAGUCAACGAAAUAGUUUCUUUUUGUCUUUUACGCAUUAAUCACAACUAUCAAGAUUAUGUACUUCAAAAAUUUCUGAGAGACAUUAAAACAUACCUCAUUUCUUCUUCUUCUAGAUUAAUCGACUCUUAGAAUAAUUCGUCCUGCGAAUAAUUUUUCUGAGAAAUCUGUA